AAAAAAACCAGGCGGAAAUUGAAACAUUUUAACAAUAAUAAAGGAGACAUGGUUUAUUUUUGGACAGAGAAACCCCUGGCGCAAGUUUAAAUGUUUCAUUUUAUUUUCCAAUUUGGCAAUCAACAUCGACAAAAACUGCCAUGUACCAUCUACCUAUUACAUAGUAUGUAUGUACAUACUAAUAUGAUACUACUAGGUAUACCUACAUGUAGUACCUAGUAAGUCUAAGCAGUUAGGUACACCACAUGUAUUAAUCAAUCUUCCCCCCCUUCCUCCUUUUGGUUCUCUCACCUUUCCCACCUUUAACCAGAUUAUUUGGUACAUACCUCUCUCUUACUGUGCAUAUCAAUGUCAAUCUCGGGAAUUGUAAUUUUAACAGCUAUUUUUAAUCCAUCCCCAUACGUAACAUUCGACGAUACAAUCGACUCAACUACCAGGUAGUUCUCUGUCCAACCAAUCGCGACGCGUCGGGUGGAAAAUCACCACUGGCCCUGCCAUCUUCCCUCCUUCCAACCUCCAUCACUCACAUGCUAAACUCGACAAAAUAAUAUCUUCUCUCGUUCGAACAUCAUCUCGCCCUUUCGUAAAUAACCGAUAGGCGAUAUCAAACCAAUCCGUCCUUAACAAAACCGUUCUCGACAACAACAACAACAGCAGCAGCAGCAGCAGCAGCAGCAGCAAUCAACGUCAAGAUGGGGGGGCAACUUUCUAAAGUGAUGGGCAAGAUAUUUGGAUCCAAGGAGAUGCGAUUGCUGAUGCUGGGACUCGACGCUGCCGGCAAGACCACUAUCCUAUACAAGCUCAAGCUAGGCCAGGACGUUACCACCAUCCCCACUGUCGGCUUCAACGUCGAAACCGUCACGUAUAAGAACGUCAAGUUCAACGUCUGGGAUGUUGGUGGUCAGGACAAGAUCCGUCCGUUAUGGAGACAUUACUUUAGCGGAACCCAAGGCUUAAUCUUCGUCAUCGACUCCUCAGACCGAGCACGGAUGGACGAGGCGAGACAAGAACUACAUCGGAUUAUCAACGACAGGGAAAUGAAGGAUAGUUUGCUUCUGGUAUUCGCGAACAAGCAAGACAUUAAGGAUGCUUUAAAACCGCAAGAGGUAACUGAAGCACUACAACUUUCCAAAUUGAAGGACAAGAUUUGGUACGUGGUUCCCAGCUGUGCCACCACGGGUGAGGGUCUGCUCGAAGGUCUGGCGUGGCUAUCGAACAACGUUAAGGCGCCUCCCACACCAGCCAAGAAGUAGGGCUUCUAGUUGUUUGUUUCCUCGAUACCCUUGAUUUUUGAUAUAGAUGGGCGGCCUUUCCGAGUCAUUAGACAGGAGAAGUAACGGUCGAACCGCACAUGGUGUUUUGCGCACGGGGUCUCUGGCAUUUAUAAUACGACAAAUCCUUGAAACUCAAGCCAGAAUCCUCUUUUUCUUAGCACGAAACGAUGAAUUAAAGGUUCCUCUUACGUUAGGGUUUAAUGUGCGCAUUCAGUUUUGCCAUCGACAGGUGUGGGUAGUGUUGUGGUGUGGUACAUCCUUGAGGACUGCUUCCUAAUUUUUACUCAUUUUACCCUGUCUCCGUUUCAUCAGUCGUGAGUGCGAGUACGAAAGAAGUAACCAGAAGAUAUGACGUCUAUACGUGCUCAUAUGGGUGGCGAACGAAUAGUCAAGCGAAGUAGACAUAACCGGACCCAUCGACCCUAAAAAGCCUUUGAAUACGAAACCCCAAGGUUAGCUCCUUCACCACCUGAGUAAAUAGCCAGUUCGAUUGUGGAUUCGAGCAAAAUAGAUAGGAUGGUUAGGAAGGAGGGAGAAAGAAGGGUAGGGAAAAAAGAAAGGAGAUGAGAGGGGGCGGGGAUAGCCAGCGCUCGACCUGUCUAUCUAGCGUUAAUAGCUAAACGAAAGGGGGGAGGGACAACAGGAACAAAAUAUAGGUAUAUAUGCUGUUGUAAAUAAUUAAUAUUGUAAUACCGACGAUCUCAGUUGCUUCCUCGAC